AUGGCCUCCGCUAUCCCGCCAACACCUCUCUCGCCCAGCGUCGGCGCACGUCGCAAGGGCGCAAAGGCACUGCCUCGUCUGCCGCUCUCCGCAUUUACCCCACCCAACACCGGAUCGUCCGAGGCAUUCCCGCUGCCCCCCAGCCCAAGCACACUGCAGCCAGAAGAGCUUGUCGACGCGUACGUGAUCGCCCCGGAUGGCGACUUGAGCGAGUGGAGGGCGCAAGCGGGCGAGACCCUGCGCCGCAAGACCAAGGGCGUCGUGCUGGCUCUGCCCCAAAAGGAGCCGGCCGAAGUCGAGAAGAUCCUGGCAAAGAUUCGAUCAGGAUCACUCGAUGUUCCUGUUGUAGCUGUGCUCGUUCCCGUCAUUCCCGCGGAGGGCGAGGCGACGUUCACGCCCCCUGCCUACCUCGAGUCGCCUGGCAGCUCGACGCCUGCGCUCGUCCCCUCUGCCAUCUUCACGAAGAACGAGCCGCGGGUCCGGGAGGCACUGCAAUGGGCGCUGAAGACUGGACACACUGUCCACAUAGAUGUCCAAUGCGAUAUACGCGAGGUCGAGGGUGGCUGGGACGCACUGGAAGAGAUGCUGACGAGCAUGACCAUCUCCAAGGACGUCAAGGAGCUCCAUGGAAAGAUUGUCGUGUGUACGUAUUCGCGUGUUCUGUGCUGA